GGGAUGCUGGACAGGCUGGGAAUUGCGGCAGGAGCAGCUGCCAUGGGAUCCAGCUCUCCAUCCCAGUAUCAACCACCUUUCCCAGCCUGGCAGAGCCUUGCCAGCCCCACCGACGGUGAAACCCGGCCAUGGGAAAGGUCAAGUGCCUGGCCCGAGGCUAAAAGGCACUCCCGGAGCCGGGAUUAACCCCCCUGCCCGCCUGCCAGGCAAUCCGGGUCCCGGCUCAUUAGCAUCGCUCAUUAGCAUCGCUCAUUAGCAGCAUCACUUCGGAAGAGCUGGGAAAGCUCCCGGGGAGCUGCAGCAGCCCCUGGAGCUGGGAGAAGCCACUCCCAGGACCUGCCUCUCCGCCACGGGGAAACUAUUUAGGGUGGAGAAGCUCGGGGAGGGCUCCAGACGCUGGAGGUGUCCGCUCUGUUAUACCGCAGAGAUGAGCCAGGCCAGGCCUCGCUAUGCCAUCGAGCGUCCUGCCUACUCCGUCAGCCUCUUCGACGAGGAGUUUGAGAAGAAAACCAGAACUUAUCCCGUCGGGGAGAAACUGAGAAACCUCUUCAGAUGUUCAGCCUCCAGGUUCAAGCUCACCCUCUUCUGCCUGUUCCCAAUACUGGCCUGGCUUCCCAAGUACAGAAUCAAGGAUUACAUCCUGCCCGAUGUGCUCGGCGGGCUCAGCGCGGGGACAAUCCAGGUGCCACAAGGGAUGGCAUUCGCCCUCCUGGCCAAUCUGCCUCCUGUCAACGGGCUCUACUCCUCCUUCUUCCCCCUGCUCCCCUACUUCUUCCUCGGGGGCAUCCAUCAGAUGGUGCCAGGGACUUUUGCUGUCAUCAGCAUCAUUGUUGGCAACGUCUGCAACGAGCUGGCCCCGGAGUCGGACUUCCAGUACUUCAACCACACCACCAACGAGACCAGCAUCAACACCAUGGCCCUGGAGGCGGCCAGGCUGGAGAUCUCAGCCACCCUGGCCUGCCUGACAGCCGUCAUACAGCUGUGCCUGGGCUUCCUGCAGUUCGGCUUCGUGGCCAUCUACCUGUCCGAGUCCUUCAUCAGGGGCUUCAUGACGGCGGCGGGGCUGCAGAUCCUCAUCUCCGUGCUCAAGUACGUCUUCGGCUUGACGGUCCCGUCUUACACCGGGCCCUUAGCUAUCGUCUACACAUUCAUUGACAUCUGUAAAGGUCUGCCCCAAACCAACCUGGCCUCCCUGGUCUACGCCUUGGCCAGUGCUGUGCUCCUGAUCGUUGUCAAGGAGCUCAACCUCAAGUACAUGAAGAAGAUCCGGAUGCCCAUCCCGAUGGAGAUCAUCAUUGUGAUUGUUGCCACCGCGGUCUCCGGCAGCUUCAACAUGCCCGACAAGUACGGGAUGCCAAUAGUGGGGAAGAUCAGCAUGGGGUUCCCACAGCCCACCCUGCCCCUGGUGAGCAAGUGGAAGGACAUGGUGGGCACGGCUUUCUCGCUGGCCAUCGUGGGCUACGUGAUCAACCUGGCCAUGGGGAGGACCCUGGCAGCCAAGCACGGCUACGACGUGGACCCCAACCAGGAAAUGCUGGCCCUGGGCUGCAGCAACUUCUUUGGAUCCUUCUUCAAAAUCCACGUGAUCUGCUGUGCUCUCUCUGUCACCCUCGCCGUGGAUGGGGCAGGAGCAAAAUCCCAAGUGGCAAGUUUCUUUGUGGCUCUGGUGGUCAUGGUGACGAUGCUGUCCCUGGGAAUCUACCUGGAGCCUCUUCCAAAGUCUGUGCUGGGAGCCCUCAUCGCCGUGAACCUGAAAAACUCCCUCAAGCAGCUGGCUGACCCCUUCUACCUGUGGAAGAAGAGCAAGCUGGACUGUCUGGUCUGGCUCGUGAGUUUCCUGUCCGCUUUCUUCCUGAGCCUCCCCUACGGCGUGGCGGUGGGCGUGGGAUUCUCCGUGCUCGUUGUGGUUUUCCACACCCAGUUCCGCAAUGGCUCUGCCCUGGGCCAGGUGACUUCCACCGACAUCUACAAGAACCCCAAGACCUACAACAAGGUCCAUGAAAUUAAUGGGAUUAAAAUUGUCACCUACUGCUCGCCGCUGUAUUUUGCCAACUCAGAGAUAUUCCGGGAGAAAAUUAUAGCCAAGACAGGGGUGGAUCCUGGCAAGGUGUACUUGGCCAGGAGGAAGUUUGUGAAACAGCAGGCAAAGGGCACAGCACAACCACCAGCAAAGCUCCCGAAAUUCCUGCUGAAGGAGAGCAAGACCUUGUCUUUGCAAGAGCUCCAGAAGGACUUUGAGAGCGCCUCUCCAACAGACACCAACAACAACCAGACCACUGCUAACGGUGCCAGCAUCUCCUACAUCACAUUCCACCCUCCUGCCCAGGGGACUGGGCUGGGGCAGAGCCCCGGGGAGCUGGGCAGCAGCAGCAGCACCUUCACCGACCCCGUGCUGACAGCACCGCCCUACAUCAGCUUCCACACCAUCAUCCUGGACAUGAGUGGGGUGUGUUUUGUGGACCUGAUGGGCACAAAAGCGCUCAGCAAGUUGUGUUCCAGUUACCAGAAGAUUGGGAUUAAAGUCUUCUUGGCAAAUGUGCAUGCCCAGGUGUACAACGACAUCAGCACAGGGGGAGUCUUUGAGGAAGGAGGCCUGGACCGAAGUCACAUCUUCCUGACCAUCCACGAUGCUGUUUUGUUUGCACUGGCCAGCAUCAGAGAAUUUGUCCACCCUCCCAUCUUGGAAGAGAGGCAGACCCAGACAGAGCUCUCCAUCUAUGAUGAAUCUGUGGACGAGAGCAGUGCAGAGUACAGGAACCUGGAGGAGGAGAUGUUUGGAAGCAUGUUCCACUCAGAGAGCCAGACAGCUCUGUGAGCACAGCCAGCACCAGGCAAACCCUCCAGAACUGGCUCCUCUCUCCCACUGGAGACCUCUGCUUCUACCUGGGGAUACACAGCGGCUCUGCAAAGAGGCCAUCACCCUCUGGAGCUGCCAGAUCCCUCCCUUCUCCCUGCUUUCACUCGGAUCUGGAGCAGGAGCAGCCUGGGGAAGCUCGGGAGAUGCCAUCUCUGGGACUGCAGAAGUGGAGCUCGGCUCAGGGGACGUUCAGCCACCCCUUUGUCCCCCACCAUCCUUCUGCCCACGCUGGAAUUGCAUCAUCUGGGCAUCCUGCUCCCUCCCUUUCCCCGAGGAAGUGAAAUACAAAGCUGAAAAGCCUUUUUGGGGCUCGGCUCCACGAGGUGUGGCAGUGCUGCUGCUCUCUGCUGUGCACCCUGAAUUUCCCUGCGGGUCUCUGCAGCCUCUGCCUCUCCUCUUCUGCAUCCCAGCAUCCCAAAAAACACUGCCUCAAACCAGUGCUCUAUUUCUGACACCCCAAAGGCCUCAGGACUUUCUCAGCAGGGCUGAAUUCUGAAAUAACAUGAUUUUUUUUUCCUUGCUAGCACAGGCUUGUACUCAGAAAUAAGACUUCCUCAUUACAUUCAGGUUGUCCUGCCUGCUUGGUGGGUUGAGCACAUGAAAACAGACUUUUAAAAUAUUUGAAAAUGCUGUUUCUAUUUUAAUACUCUAAAAAAAAAUAUUACAAAUAUAUAAGCAAGCUUUAGUGUACGGCUUUGAAGUGCACAGAUAUUAUUGAGCUGAUUGCUGAAGGCUUCCUGGGAAGAGGAUGUGAGGCUUUCCUGCAGCUCCCAGAUGUCUCAUUUUUAAGGAAAAUAGAACUUUUUCAACCAUCCUUGACAGAGUCACUAAAGCAAACAACAGCAGCCCCCUGCCAGUUUGGUUUUAUGUAACAUCUCAGUAACCAAGUCACCAUUUCUCUACCUCAAUUUCUGAUUAUGUGGUGCAGGAGAGAGUAAUAAAACCAAAGGAGGGCAGAAAACCCCACUAGCUGAUGCUUAUUACUCGUUUUAAUAUAAAACAACAGUGGUUUCUCCAGAAAUCCCCGUGUAUAUCUUGUUUUAGGAGGUAAAAUCAAGAGAUUAAACCUCUUGAAUUACCCUUGAGGGUGAUUCCUCAUGUCCUUUUGUAAUGCCUGAGUGCUCCUUUUAAAAUUUAAAAUUUAAUUUUAAAAGAAAGGCAGAACAGAAAUAGGUGCAGAGCAACAAGAAACUGCCCUGAUCAAUAUUUUUAUUACAUUAUUUUUUAUUCACAUUAAAAGAGGGAAGUUUCAAUUCCCAGCUCUUCAGGAUUUAUUACAGGAGUCGAUUUCCCAGCCUGGGGUCUGACGGGCCAAAUGCAGGAAUCCUCAGAGCAGAGGCAUGAAGAAAAUUGUAUUUCCUAAACUUCCUACAAGAAAUGGGGUGGGAUGUCACGAGAAAACAGCAGCAGCAGCAAAUCAUGACCCAAGCAGGAGGAAAACCACAUUUCUGCAGCCAAAUUCUGGCUCAGUUCUGGCAAUAAAUGUUAACACCAGCAGGCAAAUGGCACGGCUGGAAGCACAGGGUGGCCAAAGUCAUAAUUCCCAAGUGCCUGGGCAGAGAAUAAGGGGAGAUCAAAGUCGUGCUGGUGAAAUAUUUUCACUUCUGGUAAAAUAUUCCCUUUAUUGCCCUUAAGUAACAGUGAGGUUGAUGUGUUUUGGCUCUGAAGCCUUACUUGGUAAAUGCAUGAUGUAUAAUCCGCUCAGAAAUGUUUGUAAUUUAUUUAAUUUAAUGUUGGUUUCGUUCUUUUUGUUUUUAUAAUAAAGAAUGUGUGAAUAAUCA